AUGGCUGAAGCAUGUAAAAUUGGUCGAAUAUUUGUAUCAGCUACUGGUUCAAUUGGAUUAAUUCGUGAUGAACAUAUAAUGGAAAUGCGUGAUAUGGCUAUUUUAUGUAAUAUAAGUACAGGUCAAACUGAAAUUGAUGUUGUAUGGUUAAAAGCUGAUGUAAUAAUAAUUGCAUUUUGUUGAUGAAAGAACUCUUUUAUUGACAUAGUAAACAAAAGAACUCAAAUAUUGCUGUUAUCGCAUAUUAUCAAUCCUUUCUUGUUUAUUUCUUUUAUUUUCAGACUAGAUUUUAAUAUGGCCAUGACAACAGGCAAAACUUCAUGUGUUAAAUGAAAAAAAAGUCAAAAACACAAUAAAAUGUAGUGGAUGUUCUCAAGAUUUUUGCUUGUAUCACAUAGCUGAACAUCAUAAAAAAUUGAAUGAAGAAUUACAUCAAUGUGAAAGUCAAUCUAACGAAUAAAAAACUGAACCAGAGAAAAACAAGUUAAUGAAACCAAUCGAUAAUUGGAAAAUCGAAUCAAGUCAAAAACAAAAUUCGACAAAUGACAAAUGAAAUUCGUCAUAAACCGUCAUUAUGCAUUAUCAAAUUUGUUUCCGAUCUUGAUUUGAAAUAGAAAAAAUUAACAGAACAAAUUAUUUAUUGUCAUAAACAUAAUAAUUUUAUUGAUGUUGAAAUUAAA